GCCUCCUACCCAGCAGAGCUGCUCCCCAGAGCCAGAGGGAUGGUGGUAGUCACGGGGCAGAACAAAGUGAGUGCCACCCCGGAUGAUGCCAUGUCGAGCUCGGAUGCGGAGGAUGAUUUCCAAGAGCCAGCCACUCCCACCGCCACCCAGGCAGGACAAGCGCUACCUCUGCUGCCUCAGCAGUUCCCAGAAGUUGUCCCACUGAACGUGGGGGGGAUGUUUUUCACCACCAGACUGUCCACGCUGCGCAGGUACGAGGACACCAUGCUGGCAGCCAUGUUCAGUGGCAGGCACUACAUCCCCACGGACGCUGAGGGCAGGUACUUCAUCGACAGGGAUGGCACCUACUUUGGGGACAUACUAAACUUCCUACGAUCUGGUGACCUGCCCCCCCGAGAGCGAGUGAGGUCAGUGUACAAGGAAGCUCAGUAUUAUUCCAUAGGACCCUUGCUAGACAAUCUAGAGGAUAUCCAGCCUCUUAAAGGAGAAAAAGUUAGACAAGCUUUCCUGGGCCUAAUGCCAUAUUACAAAGACCACUUGGAGCGGAUCGUCGAGAUAGCCAAGCUGCGAGCCAUGCAGAGGAAGGCCAGGUUUGCCAAGCUGAAGGUGUGUGUGUUCAAGGAGGAGAUGCCCAUCACUCCCUACGAGUGCCCUCACUUCAACUCUCUGCGCUUCGAGCGCAGCGAGAGCGAGACCAAGCUCUUUGAGCACCACUGCGAGGUGGACGUGUCCUUCGGGCCCUGGGAGGCCGUGGCUGAUGUCUACGACCUGCUGCACUGCAUCGUCAGCGACCUGUCCGCGCGCGGCAUCACCGUGGACCACCAGUGCAUCGGCGUGUGUGACAAACACCUCAUCAACCACUACUACUGCAAGCGCCCCAUCUACGAGUUCAAGAUCACCUGGUGGUGA